GCACUUUUCAAGUUUAACUAUGGGUACGUGGUAGGUAAGCCAGCGGUUUCUUCUCUUACGUAGUAACGUUAGGCAGCUGUGGACUUUAAAAAGUGAAUAGGUGUCGAACAGACAAGGCAGAUACAAACUAUGCUUCCUCGCAGGCACGACUACGGGAUGAAGAGGACCGGAGGACCGCGCAACGGCUCGGUAAUUAACUUCAGGACAACGGUGAACUCGGGCUCCGUCCGCCGCAGCUCCGCCGUGCUGCCCUCGGUGCUAACGUUCCUGGUGAUAGUAGCAUCCGGAGGCCUGCUGCUUAUGAUAGAGAAAGGAAUGCUGAACAGCAUGGAGACGCCUCCACCCAUGGGCAGCGGCAAGCGACUGGACUUCAUUCGGCGGGUUGGGAAGCACAGCCCGGCCGCUGUGGACGUGGACUCCCAGAUCCUCCAGGAGAUCCGUAACCGGACCAUCAGGACCGUGUGCAGCCAGAAGAACAUGCCCCACAGCAUUUGGUCCCAGCCCCUGCAGAGGAAGACGCUGCUGCAGCACAUCCUGGUGAACGACCAGUACCACUUCCUGUACUGCUACGUCCCCAAGGUGGCCUGCUCCAACUGGAAGAGGGUCUUGAAGGUUCUGAACGGAGCUCUGGAGAGCGUCGACGUCAACAUCAAGAUGGACCACCGCAGCGACCUGCAGUUUUUGUCCUCUUUUAAACCCGAGGAGAUCCGCCACCGCCUCAAGCACUAUUUCAAGUUCAUGUUUGUGCGGGAGCCAAUGGAGCGCUUGCUUUCUGCAUACAGGAACAAGUUUGGAGAGAUAGAGUCCUACCAGAAAAAGUACGGCGUGGAGAUCGUAAAGCGGUACAGAAAAGGCCGCGCCAAGGACGCAUCUGUAACAGGAGAUGAUGUGACAUUUGCAGAAUUUGUCCAUUACUUGUUGGACGAGGAUGCGGAGCGCAUGAACGAGCACUGGAUGCCGGUGUACAACUUGUGCCAACCCUGUGCCGUGUCCUACGACUUCAUCGGCUCCUACGAGCACCUUGAAAGUGAUUCAGAGUUUGUGCUCCAGCGGAUUGGAGCGCCUCCUCAUGUUCGCUUCCCAGAAAGGCAAACGUGGUACAAGCCAGUCACCACGGAGACGUUACACUAUUACCUGUGCACCUUACCACAGAAGCUGCUGAGGGAACUGCUGCCCAAGUACAUUUUAGACUUUUCCCUCUACGCUUAUCCUCUCCCCAACACAACCACUGAAAACUGCCGGCAUUAAAUGUGCAAUGUUUUAUAGUUCAGAGAAUAUUUUUUAUAGAGAAUGAUUUUUUUGUACUCUUUUUUUAUUCCUAGGAAACAAACAGUAUUUUGAUAGCUGUUACACAUUUUUUA